UAAAACCCGAAACUGGUGAAAAACGUCUUUUCACAGAAGAAGAGAGAGAAAGAGGGAGAAAAAACAAAGAGGAAAGAAAGAGACUCGUGUAACCUCGUUUUCUGUGAUGCGUGGAAGGAGUGCCAGAAAAUGGCGAGAUCGUGUUCUUCUUCUUGUAAUGAGAACAAUUUAAACCUUUCAUCAUCUUCAAAAUGGCCGAUCAUACCAUUCUUCAUUAAACCAAUCCCUAAUUCUCAUCUAUUUCUAACCUCGUCAAGGUUCUCAUAGAUCUUAGAAGGUAGGAUUUUGAGAAAGGAUAUUUCAGAGAUGGCGGAAGUACCAAAAUUGCUGUAUAUUGUUGUGUUAGACGAUAAUGAAGAUACGAAGAACAAUAAUAAGAAGAAGAAUGAGAAAGAGAAAGAUGGAAAAACAACUGAUAAUUCGUUUCGAUAUACAAGGUCCGUGUUACAGAGCACUCUACAACUCAUGGGUUGCAAAGCUAGACAUGCUUUUAAGAUUAGCAGAAGGGUUUUCGAAGUGAUACGAAAAUCCUCAUUAGUGACCACGCCUCCUGCGGGGUCUGAAGCAUCUGGAAUUGAUAAUAAAGAAAACAACAAUGUUGAAGUGGGGGAAGGGGAUAAUGCCAGCCAUACAGUUAUGGAAAAUGAAGACAUCGCCAGUAAACCAUUCGAGUUGUACAAAAGGCAAACAACUAUUGUCAUUCGAAGAGAGGCGUUCUUGGAUGUUGUUUGUGAUGCUCUUUCAGUAUAUAAGUAUGUAGGUGCUAAUCAGAGGGCUGAUCUGGUUUUGGCUUGCAGAGUCCGAGAAAGGAAGGAAUCUGUGACUGUGUUGUUAUGUGGUACCAGUGGGUGUGGCAAGUCGACUUUGUCCGCGUUGCUGGGCAGCAGAUUGGGAGUUACAACUGUGAUUUCGACUGACUCAAUCAGGCACAUGAUGAGGAGCUUCGUGGAUGAAAAACAGAAUCCUCUAUUAUGGGCUUCAACCUAUCAUGCCGGGGAAUACUUGGAUCCUGUUGCAGUCGCAGAAUCUAAGGCUAAAAGGAAAGCUAAAAAAUUAGCACGACUUCCCAGAGAGGAUUCACCAGACAUAGUUCAAAACAGAAACCCUGAUGGUAGAACUUCAGAAACAAAUACUUCCUGCAAUGAGUUGAUUGGUCCAAAGCGGAUGGCUGUUGAGGGGUUCAAAGCUCAAAGUGAGAUGGUUAUUGACAGUCUUGACCGGCUAAUUACUGCAUGGGAAGAGCGGAAAGAGUCGGUGGUAGUGGAAGGUGUUCACCUGAGCCUUAACUUUGUGGUGGGACUUAUGAAGAAACAUCCCUCAAUCAUACCUUUCAUGGUUUACAUCAGCAAUGAAGAUAAACACAUGGAACGGUUUGCAGUACGCGCAAAGUACAUGACAUUGGAUCCAACAAAGAACAAAUAUGUUAAGUAUAUCCGCAACAUAAGAACCAUUCAAGAAUACUUAUGCAACAGAGCCGAUAAACACUUGGUCCCUAAGAUAAACAAUACCAAUGUCGACAAGAGUGUGGCAGCAAUCCAUGCCACUGUUUUCAGUUGCCUGCGCCGAAGAGAAGCGGGGGAGCAGCUGUAUGAUCCUUCAACAAACACCGUGUCCUUGAUAGAAGAGGAAUACAGGCAUCAGUGUGCUGCUAAUUCGCUGAGCUCUAAGGGUAUGUUUCAGCUUAUUCAGAGGAAAGGAUCUUCCAGACAUCUCAUGGCUUUGUUAAAUACUGAUGGCUCUGUUGCAAAAGCAUGGCCAGUUGAAUCAGAUGGCAAUGGGAAACCCAUUUCAGGAUAUGGUAGUGAGAAGGGCAUAGGUAAUCCUAUGUAUGGACCCUUGUUAAUUGGCAAAGCUGAACCAGUCAAUCUUCAGUUUGGUAACUUCGGAAUCAGCGCAUUUCCCAAUGACACUGGUGGCACCAGCCAUGCAGGAAGUGUUGAUGAGACUGACACUGGGAGCAGAUAUCACUCUUCCUGCUGCAGCUCCCCGAGAAUGAUGUCAGAUGGAGCUGCAAAGGAGCUCAAAGAGGAAUUAUCAGUAUCCGGCAGUGAGGAAGAGGCUGAUGAUCCUCCAGAGGCAGAUAGUGAUGAGGAUCUUAGUGACACAGAUGACAAAAACCAUGAAGAUAUUGAAGGCUCAGUGGACGAAGAGUCAACCAAGUCUGAUGAGGAGUAUGAAGACUUGGCAAUGCGGGAUGGCCAAGAAAACGGAUACUGGUCAGAUGAUGAGGGGGAUCUUAAGAAAAUGGUGUUAAUUCUUGGAAAAGGUGGUGAUGCGGGUAACGGGAAAUACCAAGAGAAUCUCGAUAUUUUCCUGAAAAACAGGAGUGGAAUGUUAUCUGAGCCAUCCUGUGCUUGCUCCGCCAUGUUGUUGGAAACUAACCAGGAAACCAUGCCGUUGGCCAGCACCAAAGUCAGACUUCGAAGACGGUCCCUUAGUAUUCCAGCAAUGGGGAAGCGGGGGUCUUUGGUUAAUGGGCCCAUCCUUUCUGGAGCACCUUAGGCUCAGAGAGUCAGAGGUAGAAAAACAGAAAGGAAAAGAAAAGAAGUUGCCUCAGGUUUUUUUGUAGAUUACUUACCUUUUUUUCUUUGGUUGGUGAGGUUUUGUUAGGCAGUGGAGUCAACAUUCCAUUUUCUUUCUUUGUAGUAUUAACGCAUGUCGGAAAUCUUGUGAAUCUGUGAUAUGUUAAGACAAUCAACCUCAUUUCAACAUUUCGUAAAACGUAAGUUGACCUUAUCAUUGAA